AUGGACUCCGACUCCGUGAAUGUCGCCACGGGGCCUGCGUCUGCCCCCGUCGUCGAUGACGCCCAGCAACACCUCGAGUCUUCGGACCCGUCCCAGCUCAACUUUCUGCACUCGCCACCAGACAGCAACAACGCAGUCAAGUCCGACGCGAGCGACUCCGAGCUCAGUGAACUCGAAGAGGAGCCCGCCCUCGAUGCCCCCCCCCACGGUCUCAGCGCUUCGGCCGAGCCGCCUGCUGCCGAGGAUGAUAAAGAUGACAUCGGAGACGUCUCACCGGAUCAUUGGUCCGGCACUGUGCCCGUCUUCAAGCCGACAAUGGAUCAAUUCAAGGAUUUCAAGAAAUUUAUGAACAAGGUCGAUAGCUAUGGCAUGACAUCUGGCAUCAUCAAAAUCAUCCCACCCCAGGAAUGGAAGGACGCCCAACCAAACCUCGACGAAUUAGUCAAACAAAUUCGCGUUCGCGAGCCGAUCAAGCAGGACAUCAUGGGCUUUAACGGAACCUACAGACAAGUCAACAUUCUUCACGGCCGAUCAUACAACCUCCCCCAGUGGCGACAACUCUGCGACCAGAGCGAGCACCAGCCGCCCGCGCGCCGAGGCGAACGACGAGCCAAUACGGAUAGACCGAAGCCCCCAAGACCAAAGCCCUCUGCACCGAAACAACCCAAGACGUCGAUGCCCAAGAAGCGUGGUCGCGGACGUCCAGCAAAGAACAAGCCCAAGCACGACGAGGCAGCGGCAGAACCAGAUAAUCGACCUAUGACCCCCGUGUCUCCAAAGCCAGCGACGGAUGAACCAAAUGAAGAAAAGCCCGAAAUUGUCAAUUCAGUUGAAACCGAUGCGCCAGACCCCGAAGCCGAACAAGAAUCUGCGCCUGCGCCCAGCCGAAUGGGUGGGCGUAUGGGAGGCACCAAGCUUGCCAAAGAAAAGACGCAGUCUGUUUCAGCCCGAAGAAAAAAUGGUCGUCGCGAAGGAUCUGUCACCAUUGAUGAGGAAGCCUUCAAGAACUUUGACUACAAGAUGGACAUAUCCGACUACACUGCCGAGCGAUGUGAGGAGCUGGAGAGAGCAUACUGGAAGACCCUGACGUAUGCGCCUCCUCUGUAUGGCGCCGACAUGAUGGGAACUCUAUUCGAGGACUCUGCCGACACCUGGAACCUCAACAAGCUUCCUAAUCUUCUUGAUGUCCUCGGUACCAAAAUCCCUGGCGUCAACACGGCAUACCUCUACCUUGGAAUGUGGAAAGCCACAUUCGCUUGGCAUCUCGAGGAUGUGGAUCUAUACAGCAUCAACUAUCUUCAUUUCGGCGCACCAAAGCAAUGGUACAGCAUCUCACAAGCCGAUGCCCCAAGAUUUGAAAAGGCGAUGAAAAGCAUUUGGCCUGCCGACGCCAAGUCUUGUAGCCAAUUCCUGCGUCACAAGGGUUACCUGAUCUCCCCACAGCAUCUCUUGUCACACUAUGGCAUUCGCGUAAACAAGUGCCUUUCGUAUCCCGGAGAGUUUGUCGUCACAUACCCUUACGGCUACCACUCUGGGUACAACCUGGGCUACAACUGUGCCGAGGCCGUCAACUUUGCUCUUGAUUCAUGGUUGCCGAUGGGUAAAAUUGCAAAGCGAUGCGAGUGCUCGCAAGCGCAGGACAGCGUUUGGAUCGAUGUCUAUGAAAUCGAGCGCAAGCUGCGCGGUGAACCGACGCCGGAAUACUACGAAGAGACGGAAGACGACGAAGAUGAAGACGAUAAAGACAUGUCUGGACUGCCUUCUCCUCCGUCCAAUGGCGUCAAAUUCAAGGACGGAAGGAAGCGCAAACACGGCGGAGACAAGGGGCAAAGGCUCAAGAUCAAAAAGGUCCGCUUGCGUCUCAAGUCCAGAGCAGACCCCCCGUGCUGUCUUUGUCCCAACGACUUCGUUGGCAUGGAUGUUUUACCCACCAAUGAUGGCCGCAAAGCUCACCGAAUGUGCGCCAUGUUCAUUCCCGAAACGUACAUUGACACAGUGGAAGGACAGGAUGUUGUGUGCAACGUCAACAAUAUACAUAGAGACAGGCUUGAUCUCAAGUGCUUGUUCUGUCGCUCCAAGCGCGGCGCCUGCUUCCAAUGCUCACAGAAGAAGUGCGCCCGAGCCUACCAUGCGACUUGUGCCGCUGCCGCUGGUGUAUUCAUCGAGGAGCAGGAUAUCCCAGUAUAUGGCCAAGAUGGUGUAGAGUACAAGGAGCAAGCAUUCGAGUUUAGCUGCCGCUUCCACCGCACCCGACGAGAUAAAAAGCUCGACAGCCUGGCGCUGGAGGGCGACGAGCGCAUUCAUCGUGCGGCCGAAGCUGUCAAAUCUACCGAAAUUUGCCAGUUCCAGUACGCCAAGGGCGACAUCUUUGCUGGAAUGGUUAUCGAUAACCGCCACGACGAGGAGACCUUCCUGAUCAGCAUCGUUCCCAGUGGCGAGCGCAUUGAAAUCGAAUGGAAAUGGCUGCUUAUACCUGACCCGUCCGAUUAUCACCUGCCCAAAGCAUCGCCAAACGCCUUACCACUGCCUGCGUCAGAGAAGGCGAGAAACAGACUCAACGCCAAGAGACAGGAUGACGACAAGCCGCGAAAGGACGAUGAAUUUGCGGAAGGAUACACAUGGGCCGAGUUCAAUCUGUUUGACGAUGUGGUCAAUAAAGAUCAGGCCAAGGUCGACUUUGCCAAGCCAGAUCAAUUGUGGCAUUAUCUUGGCAAGACCUCGACAGAAGCCAAGGCUCAAUACACCGAGGAUGUUACCAAACAAAGACAUAAUCCAGGAGGGAAUUUCCUGGAGACCAUCCCGAAACCACCAAAGCCUGUUACAGCGCCGAAGUACAAGCAGUACCGCCAAGGCGUGCCGAGCGGCUACAUGCACCAGCAAUACAACGGAGGCUAUAUUCCACCCCUGAGCGUCGGAAAUACGGUCAUGAGUAGGCCGUAUACGCAUCAGCAGUAUGGACAUGUUCAGGCAUCUGUUCCGGCGUACCAUCAGCCAGCACAAAUGGGCUGGAACAACACGCAAUCAGAGGGGCCCAGGUACAGUGUACACCCGUCCGUGUAUCAGACGUAUCAGUACUUCCAGGUCCACUACAACAGGGAACCGGCCCGGUACCGCACGCCAUAUGCAACCUACGGUGGUUUUAUCAACGGCUAUGAAACCAAUUACAGAACCACGUUAAUGGCCAACGGUAGUCAGGCUGAUAUGAUGCGGCGUUUGAGCUUCGCCGGAUCCUUACCCUCGGCAGGCAUUCCGCAGAACAGCAAACAUCGUACUGCGACACAUAACGCUAAGAUUUCACCUGCGGCUACGCCGCCAUCGAAGACAGAUAAAGCAAAAGCAACACCACUUCAAAAGGUGUACCAAAUACCCUCGAAGCAGUCGCCGGUACCGCUCCCACCGGGCUUCCUUGCAGCAAUGGCCACAUCGACUCCAGCAAGUGCGCCAGUGAAGGCAUCUCAGCCCGCGCCUCCAUCGACAAUGUCAGCAGCACAGGCAACACGGGCGACUUCAAGCGAAACCUUGCCUGCGAAGCCAAUUGAGCCGGCAAAGAUAUCUACGACACCAGUGCCGCUUCCCUCGUUUGCCCUGACGCCGCAGCAGCAUGCCUCGGCACUGAAGAACAUGCACACAGCGCAGUAUAAUGGCGAUGUGGAUAUCAACUCAUCGGCAGCCGACUCUACAGUUGCCAUUCUACGACAAAGCAACCAAGCGCAGCUGGAGCAGCAAGAAUUUGUUGAUGUUCCGGGCCGAGAAUCGAUGGAAUUUGUCGAUAACAUGAUGCGGAAUCUACGACGGGCCUCACAACAAGGGAUGUCGCCAAAUCCAUGA